UAACUUUCUAAUAAGAGAAAUGCUCUUCGAUUAUAUCGUUGAAAUAUCACCUCUUAUUUUUUGUCACCUGUUGGUACCGACUUUGGAGGAAGGACCAGUUCUCACUAUUUCAUGGCCGCGUGACUUGUCUUUUUUACAAAAAAAUUUUAUAUAUUCAAGAGCUAACUGGAGUAACAAGCGCUACUGGACGGCACUUUUGUACAUGUUUGUUCAUAAGGAUAAGCUGCAUUUGUAUACCAACUUGCUUGGAUUAUUUUUUGGUGGCUACACAGUUCACCAAGAAUUGGGCUUACCAGGUCUUUUAAUUGCCUACUUAGGGGGAGGUAUUGCGGGCGCCGUUGAGACCCGGUUUAAAGAGACUCAACUGAGCGAUCGGCUUUCUCUAAUACUUUACUUGAAAGGCGAUUCCCUUAUUACUAAAUGGAUUAAUGAACUUUCUAAAAGCCUUUCUAUCUUUAUUGCUCCCCGGAUUUUGGCUUACUGUACUUACGCUGGCGCUAGCUCCGGUGUUUGUGCUGUUGUAUCGUUGGAGCUCUGUUUAACGAUGAAGAAAAUGUAUACUUUACUAGCCCGCCCGGCGGAACAACGAAAUAAAAAAGACAAGAAAAGAUUGAUAACUCUUUGCUUUAAGUCCGCCUUGAAUCUGUUGGAUCUUUUUAACAUUAUCAGGUAUUCAGUGUUUGGCAUAACUUUUCAUAACACCGAUUUUGAUUGGGGAGCGGAUCAUGCUGGCCACACUCAAGGAAUAGCCUUUGGGCUGAGUAUCUUUGUUCUCCGCCACUUGUAUAUAUAUGCAUCGAGUGUGCUUUCUAAUUAUAAUUUAUAA